CAGAAAGUUCGUUAUUCGCAGCGUCCGUUAUUCGAGGCGUACAUUAUACGAGGCACCGCUGUAUAAUGUUAAGAAAAAUAUAUUACAAUUCUAAAUGAUAAUUCUCUGUUUAGCAUUAUUUAAAACUCAGAUUUGUCAGUUGAGAGCUUAAGAGAGAGGAUGGAAAUGAAAAGUCUGGUAUAGAUUGAGUUAUAAUGAAGAGGUAGAGAUGACAAUCCAUAUCACCAACGGAUUUCAGAUCAACAAUUAUAUCGCUCUUGCAGCACUUGUUCGAAGCGGUAAUUUUUCAUCAGAUCUACUUAACUUUACGCUGGAUGGUUUUAACGACAGUUUUAAACCUAACUUCGCGGUACCUAUCGAUUAUGUCACUAAUCUACCAGCAGUUAAAGCUUUCUUUUAUUGUCUAUACGUCAUUAUAUUCGUUAUAGGAGUUUGUGGUAACGUUUUAGUUUGCUACGUGGUAUUUAGAAACAAAUCCAUGCAUACUGUAACUAACAUAUUCAUUACUAAUUUGGCUUUGUCCGAUAUCCUUCUCUGCACGUUUGCAGUUCCUUUUACUCCCUUGUAUAUUUUCAUGAGUGAAUGGGUCUUUGGUGCAAUACUUUGCCACUUAGUACCCUAUGCUCAAGGCGUUAGUGUAUAUAUUUCAGCAUUUACACUAAUGUCGAUAGCCAUUGAUAGGUUUUUUGUAAUAAUUUACCCCUUCAAACCUCGUUUACAAAUAAAUCUAUGUCUUUCUAUUAUUGUGCUCGUUUGGGUAUCAGGGGCCUUAUUAACAUUGCCUUAUGGCAUCUUCAUGGAUCACUUGACUGGUGAAGAUGGAAGACAUUACUGUGACGAGGUUUGGCCUCACGAAUCUAUACGCAGAACAUUUGGUUUUUCCACCUCGAUAUUACAAUUUGUUAUCCCUUUUAUAAUAAUAAGUUUUUGUUAUUUGAGGGUUUGUCUUAAAUUGAGAGAUCGCGCUCGGACGAAACCGGGUGCAAAGUCGCUAAAAAAAGAAGAAAUGGAAAGAGAACGAACAAGAAGGACAAAUAGAAUGUUAAUAUCAAUGGUUAUGAUAUUUGGAGCAUCUUGGCUGCCUCUAAACGUUUAUAAUUUGGUUGUCGACUUUUAUAUACCUGCCGCUCAAUGGAAGUAUCUCAGCGCUUUUUAUUUUUUGUCUCACGCAGCUGCUAUGAGUUCUACUUGCUAUAAUCCUUUCCUUUAUGCUUGGCUUAAUGAGAAUUUCCGCAAGGAGUUCAAAACAGUGCUACCUUGUUUCAAUCCGCCAGUGGCAACCAGGAGACCGGAUAGUAUCAAACAAGAAAGAACUUGUAAUGGGCACGAAAGUAUGCAGGACACCUUACUUUCAAGAAUCAAUUCGGCCAAAGACGGGAAAACCAGAGGCCGAGACACUAGCGUUAAGUACGUAAUCGAAACCGGAGCCGUACUCUUACAGAUCGUUGAUGGUAAUAAUGGUAAUAAUGGUAAUGAUGAGUAGAAAUAAUAUAUAUUAAAUGUAUAAAAAUAAAUGUUUUGUCGUUAAAGUACAAAUUUGCUCAAGUUUAGUUAUUGUAUGAAUCAAAUAUGCAAGAUUUAAAAGUAUCUUGUUAAAUGUUGUAAAAAUGUAGUGAAACCUUAUAAAAACAAAUCAUCUAUCUAUUAAUGAACAUGGUUGUUUCUAUUAAUCGGUUCAACAAUAAUAACAAUCGAUUAAUAGAAAUUAUUUGGGGCUACGUGUUUAUUUUUAGAUGGUUGGAAAUGAAGCUUUGUGGCUUUUUGUUGUAUUUGUUGUUAGAAAAUAAAUAAAUAUCGGU